AGGUCGAUGAGUCGGUAUCUGGGGUCUGGGUAUUUUCUAAUCGGUGUCCGAUAAGUGUAUGCAUUUUGCACUGGGACACCUCAAGUGGAUACAACGUACUUGUAUUAUAUCCGUGCUCUCCAGAAGUUCACAUUACGAUGUUCUGGGUGUGUCCAGGGCUGCUACUCACGAGCAGAUAAAGAACAGAUACUACGAGCUUAGCAAGAAAUAUCACCCGGAUUUAAAUGACUCUGAGGAGGGUGCAGACAAGUUCAGGGAGCUAGCAGAGGCUUACGAGGUCCUGGGAAAUGUUGAUGAGAGACGUACUUACGAUAAAUUGCAAAAUCAACCAGGAAAAGGCAACAGGGCAGGUACAGUGACAGUAAGUGAAGAUUACAGCCAGCACCUGAGAGAUAGGUUCAAAUACACCCAAAGAAGUUCAAAUUCCGGGUAUCGACCUAAAUACCGCAAGGCUGCAGCUGGAAGCUCUAGUUCUCGAACGUCUAGCAUGAGCACACGAACUGGAACUGGUUUCUAUGAACAGAGGGCUAAGCAUUACACACAACAGCAUAUCAGUGCAAGAAUGAGCGUACAAACAUCGGAACCUAACAUUGUUCUCGUUCUCGUUGUAGCGUUGUUCAUGUUGACGUUCUGUGUUAUAAACAAACGCUGAUGCUAACUUUUCUGAAUUGAUAGUUCCGAAUUUUAAGACUCCUGUCCAGCCAAGCUAUGACUAUCUAGAUUCCUGACUACCAUCAGAGGUGUUAAAACUGUUCCAAACCACUAACCAGUGUUCCAAGCUUGUUUCGUAAUGUGGGUCAUGUGCCAGUGUGCCAAACUCACCAUAGAAGGGAACAUAUGGAAGGCGCGGCGUCAUCGAAUUCAACGGUGCGCACGCGAGUUCUUUGUUUUGAUCGGAUCACGCGAGCUAGCUAGCUAGCGAUCGCGUCGAACGAUCGAUCGACCGUACCCGAUCGACAUCAUAAAAUCGAGUGAAUUAAGAUCUCGAUGAUCGAUAUAAUCUGAUAUGAUCAAUCGAUCAAGCUAAACUAGUUGGUAGUGACACAACUAAUGAAAAUGAAUAUGUAGGAGAUCUCAUAUCGGUGACCCAGUGAGAUCGCGAUUUUAGCAUCAUGAGUAUAUUUAUUGUUUUAUGAAAUUAGGUUAUACUUGAGUUUUCUAAAUUAUAUCGAUUGCAGAAUUUGUAUUUAUAAGCAUUUGGUUUCUCUACUUGUUC